UUUUUGAUGGUUUGCAAAAAUGAGAUGUGUGUGUAAUAAUAAUUUAUGAAGAGAGUUGGGGAUCGGAUUGAGUGUUUAUAUAGGAAAAUGAGAGUAUAUGUUAUGUAUCUGAAUGCGAUUAAGAGGAAUGGAGUAGUUGGUCGUUUUAUUUAAACUAGCUACAGGUCCCUAUAUCUGUAGGACACCUCGUGUAUUUAGUUUGACAUUUUAGUUGAGAAAUUUAUCAAAAAAUACAUAACUUAUAUUGUUUUGUCCAAAAAAAAAAAAUUUGUCCAAAAAAAUAAAAAUAAAAUACAUAACUUAUAUUGUUUCGCCAGAAACAUGUAUACUUUUUAAUCCCAAAACAUUAAUCAAUAUAUUUAUUUCAGAUAUUAAAAUCUAUAAUACUGAACUGCCAAAUAAAACGUGAACAUUUUAUUAUUCCGAAAAUACUAUAUAUAUAUAUGUGUGUUUUUUUAAAUCAAAUUAUAUAUAUGUUUUAAUUGUCGUGACAAGUUAUCUAUAAAUUUGUUUGACUUUAAUUUUCAUUUAACAAUUAUUUACUUAUAAGAACAACCUUAUCUAACAAUAUUAAAAUGAGAUUAAGAUGAAAUGAUGAGGAUGUCCAUCUCAUUAAAAAGAAUCAUCCAUUGGAAAAGCUCUAUUCUACCACGUAAAUGGAAGAGCCUUGAGAUUUUUUUUUUUCGUUUUCGCUGGCUUAUUCGUAUGAUCUAACAUUAGUAUAAGUAUGUUGGAAUUGAGUUGUAUAGCUUUUCAGAAAUCCAUUCGAAGAACACAGGGUUGACAUAUGAUUAAAGUAGAAGAAGAAUUAUGUGUGCAAUAAUAUCCUCAUAAUAUAACAAUGUAAUCAGACUCAAGUUAGACAAAAAUAGAUUUUUAUAUAUUGAGGCUUAAACACUAAAUAAUUACAAAGUAUUAUUGAAUACAACCAAGCUAAGCUAAAGUUGAUGAUAAAAGGGAAAACUCGUGAUAGCGUUUCCACAAAUGUGCAUUAAUUUUGUGAGGUAUCUUCUGACACUAUCGGUUAGAGAUCGCGAAGAGAGACUGGAGUUUGAUACUUUAUUCCGCAAACUUUGAAAUCAUCAUUUGUUUCCCGAAGUUGCAAAAGUGUUUUGGAUCAAACAUAUAAAGUGGCCCAUAACUUGGCCCAAGUCAAGCUAGCAACGUUUUCUCAUCCUCAAAGUAAAAAGAUCUUCAAUCUUCACCGCGGGAACAAAGUCAGCGAAGCAUAUGAAUAUGAUCAUGAUCAUCAUUCAUAAAACAUAUCAUAAUAAUAAAAAAUAUACAGUCAUGGACCAUCACUUUCUCUAGAAAUUGAAAACAAACCAAUUAAAUGUAAAGAAACACACGACGAAUGUGUCUCUCUCUAACAAUCGAAACCGCCAAAAAACCUCGGAUCCUUCUCUCUUCUCUUCAAUGGCUCUGAUGCGAACCAGGAGCCAAUUGAAAACAUCUUCAUUGUCUCCACCGCCACCUCCUCCGUCACCGAUCCCUAGAGCCAGAGGAUCACGUUCCGCUGCGAACGACAUUCUCACCGAGAUCAUAGAGAGAUCGAUCCAGGUCCCAGACCUCACGCUCCCUGAAUCUCAUUCCGGCGGUGAAUCUUCUUGUUCACGACAUCUGAUCCCGGCGGAGAUUGAUUUCAGGAUGUUAACGUCGAGGAGAGAAGGCUCGGUGGAUCGGUUGGUUCAAUCGGCGAGGGAGUUCGGGGCGUUUCGUCUGAGCUGCCAUGGGGUAUCGAGCGAGGAGAUGCGAUCGCUUGUGAGGGAAUCGGGUCGGGUUUUCGGAGUUUUGGAGGGGAGAGAGACAGGGUUUCGUCGGAGUGUUGUCGGAAACAGGGAUGAGAUUGCUUGGGUUCGGUCGUGGAAAGAGAGGAUGGAAUGGGCGCGCGAGUAUAUCGGACCGGAAAGGUACCGCUGCUUCAGCAAAGAAAUGGAGAAUGUAGCUGAUAAACUUGAUGGGGUAGCAAGGAAACUAGGGCAAAUAAUGGUGGAAAACUCAAGGAGACAGACUGAUAAGAGGAUACAAAGAGGAGAAUCAGUGCUCAGAAUUUACAGGUACAAUCAUGAAAACGUAACAGAGCAAAGCCCUCCUUUGCCCAAAGAGACAACCGAAGAAAUGCUUCAGUACACACUCAGCCUUCACCUUCCAGCCAAGAACUGCGAGUUCCGUGUCAACUCAAGGAAAGGCCCACUUUCUUUCCACGCAGAUCCCGACACUAUACUUGUCACUUUUGGUCGCCAGCUUGAGGAGUGGAGCUUAGGAGAAUUCAAAUGUCGGAAAGGAGAAAUCAUAUACCAUCCAGAUGCAUAUGGCUCUUACACUUCAUUCUCCGUAGAGCUAAAGUGCAUGUCUCUUUUCUUAUCACAAACUUCUAUUGCAACGACUCCCAAAACAUUCUCUUUAACCCAUCAGAUUGUCACUGCAUUACUCCUACUCUUUCUCUUCCAAUCUUUAUGGAUUUAUGGAUCUCAUAUGUCAGCUUAGAAUCUACAUGUGUAUUAUUUUCUUUGUGGGAGACAUGCGUACAUUUCAAUGUUUGAUGAUGUACUGGUAAUUGUGUUUAUGUAUUAGGCCAAGCUACGGUUGUAUAUGUAAACACAACACACGGUGACGAGAAAACAAAAAGAAAAAACAGUACAAAAGUUUUUUUAAUGUCAA